CGCAGGAGCAGAGCCGGCUCGGCCGCCAGUAGGAAGCGCCAGUCCGGAGCUGGGGAAGUGGCCGCAGAGGCUGCUCGGCCCCGCUGCCCGCCAGGUCGUGGGCUCCCGCUCCGGGCCCGGGGCCACCGGCUGUAUGGAGUUUCGCUGUUGUUACCCAGACUGGAGUGCAAUGGCACGAUCUUGGCUCACCGCAACCUCCGCCUCCUGGGUUCAAGCAAUUCUGCCUCAGUCUCCUGAGUAGCUGGGAUUAUAGGCGCGCACCACCAUGCCCAGGGACUUCAAAAUGAGUGUCCCUGACUACAUGCAGUGUGCUGAGGACCACCAGACGCUGCUCGUGGUGGUCCAGCCUGUGGGCAUCGUCUCUGAGGAGAACUUCUUCAGGAUCUAUAAGAGGAUUUGCUCUGUGAGUCAGAUCAGCGUGCGGGACUCCCAGCGCGUCCUCUACAUCCGCUACAGGCACCACUACCCACCCGAGAACAACGAGUGGGGUGACUUCCAGACCCACCGCAAAGUCGUGGGCCUCAUCACCAUCACAGACUGCUUCUCCGCCAAGGAUUGGCCGCAGACCUUCGAGAAGUUCCACGUGCAGAAGGAGAUCUAUGGCUCCACGCUGUACGACUCCCGGCUCUUUGUCUUUGGGCUGCAGGGGGAGAUCGCCGAGCAGGCACGCACCGAUGUGGCCUUCUACCCCAACUAUGAAGACUGCCAGACGGUGGAGAAGAGAAUCGAGGACUUCAUUGAGUCCCUGUUCAUUGUGCUGGAGUCCAAGCGUCUGGACAGAGCCACAGACAAGUCUGGGGAUAAGAUCCCUCUUCUCUGUGUCCCGUUUGAGAAAAAGGACUUUGUAGGACUGGACACAGACAGCAGACAUUACAAGAAGCGGUGCCAAGGCCGCAUGCGGAAGCACGUGGGAGACCUGUGCCUGCAGGCGGGGAUGCUGCAGGACUCGCUGGUACAUUACCACAUGUCCGUGGAGCUGCUCCGCUCCGUGAAUGACUUUCUGUGGCUUGGAGCUGCUCUGGAAGGAUUGUGUUCAGCUUCUGUCAUCUAUCACUAUCCUGGUGGAACUGGUGGUAAGAGUGGAGCUCGGAGGUUCCAGGGCAGCGCACUCUCUGCGGAAGCAGCCAACAGACACCGGCCAGGGGCACAGGAAGUUCUCAUUGAUCCAGGUGCCCUCACCACCAGCGGCAUCAAUCCCGACACCAGCACGGAGAUUGGACGCGCUAAGAACUGCCUCAGCCCCGAAGACAUAAUUGACAAAUAUAAGGAGGCUAUUUCCUAUUACAGCAAGUAUAAGAAUGCUGGAGUGAUUGAGUUGGAAGCCUGCAUUAAGGCGGUACGUGUCCUUGCAAUUCAGAAACGGAGCAUGGAAGCAUCAGAAUUCCUUCAGAAUGCAGUUUACAUUAACCUUCGACAGCUUUCUGAGGAAGAGAAAAUUCAGCGCUACAGCAUCCUCUCCGAGCUCUAUGAGCUGAUCGGCUUCCAUCGCAAGUCUGCAUUCUUCAAGCGCGUGGCUGCCAUGCAGUGCGUGGCCCCCAGCAUCGCCGAGCCUGGGUGGAGGGCUUGCUACAAACUCCUCCUGGAAACGCUCCCCGGCUACAGUCUGUCACUGGAUCCAAAAGACUUCAGCAGAGGCACGCACAGAGGCUGGGCCGCGGUCCAGAUGCGUUUGCUCCAUGAAUUGGUCUACGCCUCCCGAAGGAUGGGGAACCCUGCCCUCUCUGUCAGACACCUGUCCUUCCUUCUACAGACCAUGCUGGACUUCUUGUCGGAUCAGGAAAAGAAAGAUGUGACGCAAAGCCUGGAGAACUAUACGUCCAAGUGUCCUGGGACCAUGGAGCCCAUCGCGCUCCCUGGCGGCCUCACCCUGCCUCCGGUGCCCUUCACCAAGCUUCCCAUCGUCAGGCAUGUGAAACUGUUGAACCUCCCUGCUAGCCUCCGGCCACACAAGAUGAAAAGCUUGCUGGGUCAGAACAUGUCAACCAAAAGUCCCUUCAUCUAUUCACCAAUUAUUGCACACAACCGUGGAGAAGAGCGCAGCAAGAAAAUAGAUUUCCAGUGGGUUCAAGGAGAUGUGUGUGAAGUUCAGCUGAUGGUGUAUAACCCAAUGCCAUUUGAACUUCGAGUUGAAAACAUGGGGCUGCUCACCAGUGGAGUGGAGUUCGAGUCUCUCCCUGCAGCUCUUUCUCUUCCGGCUGAAUCUGGUCUGUACCCAGUGACGCUAGUUGGGGUCCCGCAGACAACUGGAACAAUUACUGUGAAUGGGUACCAUACCACCGUCUUCGGUGUGUUCAGUGACUGCCUGCUGGAUGACCUGCCAGGAAUCAAAACCAGUGGCUCCACAGUCGAGGUCAUCCCCGCCUUGCCGAGACUGCAGAUCAGCACCUCUCUGCCCAGGUCUGCACAUUCGUUGCAACCUUCCUCUGGUGAUGAAAUAUCUACUAAUGUAUCUGUCCAGCUUUACAAUGGAGAAAGUCAGCAACUAAUCAUUAAAUUGGAGAAUAUUGGAAUGGAGCCACUGGAGAAACUGGAGGUCACCUCGAAAGUUCUUACCACUAAAGAAAAAUUGUACGGCGACUUCUUGAGCUGGAAGCUGGAGGAAACCCUUGCCCAGUUCCCUUUGCAGCCUGGGAAGGUGGCCACGUUCACAAUCAACAUCAAAGUGAAGCUGGAUUUCUCCUGCCAGGAGAAUCUCCUGCAGGAUCUCAGUGAUGAUGGAAUCAGUGUGAGCGGUUUUCCCCUGUCCAGUCCUUUUCGGCAGGUCGUUCGGCCCCGAGUGGAGGGCAAACCUGUGAACCCACCUGAGAGCAGCAAAGCAGGUGACUGCAGCCACGUGAAGCCUCCAGAAUCCACCCGUCCCUUGAAUAUGCCUUCCAGUCUUGAGAUAUUUAUUGUGCCUCUGCUGAGUGCCAGGGAUUGCCAUGAAGAAGGCUGUCCAGGUAGAACUCACAGUCUCGUAGGAGAAGAUGCAUCAACAGAGGAUGCUCACAGGAUGUCCUACAUGCUGUGCCAGGGUACCGACAAGACCCUGGAAGCUGUCCUGAAUUUCAAAUACUCUGGAGGCCCAGGCCACACUGAAGGAUAUUACAGGAAUCUCUCCCUGGGGCUGCAUGUAGAAGUUGAACCGUCUGUGUUUUUCACCCGAGUCAGUACCCUCCCGGCAUCCAGCACCCGGCAGUGCCACCUGCUCCUGGAUGUCUUCAACUCCACGGAGCACGAGCUGACCGUCAGCACCAGGAACAGCGAGGUGCUCAUCCUGCAUGCUGGCGAGUGCCAGCGGAUGGCUAUUCAAGUGGACAAGUUCAACUUUGAGAGUUUCCCGGAGUCCCCUGGGGAGAAGGGGCAAUUUGCAAAUCCCAAGCAGCUGGAGGAAGAGCGGCGGGAAGCCCGAGGCCUGGAGAUCCACAGUAAGCUGGGCAUCCGCUGGAGAAUCCCCUCCCUGAAGCGCAGCGGUGAGGCCAGUGUGGAAGGACUCCUGAACCAGCUCGUCCUGGAGCACCUGCAGCUGGCACCUCUGCAGUGGGAUGUGCUGGUAGAUGGACAGCCGUGUGACCGUGAGGUCGCAGCGGCCUGCCAGGUGGGCAACCCCGUGCGCCUGGAGGUGCGGCUGACCAACCGGAGCCCACGCAGCGUUGGGCCCUUCGCCCUCACCGUGGUCCCCUUCCAGGACCACCAGAAUGGCGUGCACAACUACGACCUGCAUGACACCGUCUCCUUCGUAGGCUCCAGCACCUUCUACCUCGACGCUGUGCAGCCGUCCAGCCAGUCGGCCUGCCUCGGGGCCCUCCUGUUCCUCUACACGGGUGACUUCUUCCUCCACAUCCGGUUCCACGAAGACAGCACCAGCAAGGAGCUGCCGCCCUCGUGGUUCUGCCUGCCCAGCGUGCACGUGCGCGCCGUGGAGGUGCAGGCCUGAGCUGCCCAUGACCGUCCCUCUUUCUGCAGGCCCAGAGGUGACCCUGCCUGGCCUCCCACACCCCCUGCGAUGAGCAAGGCCUUGGCUGCAGCCCCAUCUCCUCCUCACACCCCCACUCAGCCCCCUGCUCACAUUCCUCCUGUAGCGUCUUUGCUGGGCCACGCAGAAGCCCCUGGACAGCACCCGGUGGCAGCCCCGCCCCAUGCCACACCCCUUCCCACACUGUUCCCUGGACCAUGCCCAGGCUGGUGUGGAGUAAACCCCAGAGCAGGGGCCCAUCCAGCCAAGGUCCCAGGAUCCCUGCAUUCGUUCCUGUGACCUGGACCCCCAGCCACGCUGUGCUGCUCUCACCCCAGCAGAGGGACGUCCCUCAUCCAGCCACCUCCCUUUGGCCAUAGAAAGAAAUGGUGAGCAUGAGGCUGGGCAUGGCCUGAGGGUGUGGGCAGCUUCUCUCCCUCCCUGGGCCUUGGAAUCCCCCAAGGCUGGUUCUCUUCCUGGAGACCCCCAUGGCAGCUUGGCAGGAGAGAUGGUGCUGUAGGUGGUCAUGGAUGGCUGACACCAAGAGGGGCCCUCCACCAUGGCAGGCAAAUGUCCAGGCCUGGGCUGGCUGCUCCGAAGCCCAGGGCUGUUUCUGGGUGCCCCCUGGCCCCAGGGUGGUCUCUGGGUACAGUGGCUAUCUGUGUCCAUGUCUGUGAGCAGUUCUUCAAUAAAUGGCCUGCCUCCUC